GAGUGCUUCCAUGACUAAGCAGCACAAGUGAAACGUCGUGUGUUAUCUACACGUGGACUGAUCUUCGGAACAAAGGAUAACCUCAUGUAGGGACAUCGGAGUACUAAAAACCACAAUUCUCUCGCUGACUCUGUUUUGUCACAGUCGCUCCUUUCAUCUUACUUUCAUUUAUACUAAUUUACCUCCGAUCAAUUAAACCAAGACCAAUCCUGAAUCGAGAAAUCUUAUCUCAACCGUUGUUGAAUUUCCAAUCCAUUGACGUAUCCCCCGAUUGACGGUUGCUACCUCACAUCAAGCCCCUCAUCUCCAACAUGGCGAACCGUCAUAUUACUAGGCGAAUACUGCUUGGUGCUGCGGUCUCGAUCUUCCUCCUCUUUGUCUUCUUCGUCCGGCCUCAAGGCCCACCAAGCCCCGCGAUCCGAGCCCCCGGUCACCUAGAGAAAGCGUCUCAUUCUACAUUGACAAAGGAUGAUAUGGUCAAAGGCGAGGUGGUGAUGCCGAAGCUGGGCAAUGAGACGGCUAAGGCGGAAUUAGGGCGCGCUACGUGGAAGUAUUUCCAUACCAUGCUGGCACGGUAUCCAGAGGAUCCGACGGAGGAACAACAAGAAACUUUGCGCUCCUUCAUUUAUUUAUUUGCACGAUUAUAUCCAUGUGGCGAAUGCGCCUCACAUUUCCAAGGUCACUUGAAGAAGUAUCCUCCACAAGUAUCCUCACGCAACGCCGCUUCAGGAUGGGGCUGCUUUAUUCACAAUGAGGUCAAUACUAUGCUCAAAAAGCCUAUUUUUGACUGCAAUAAGAUCGGCGACUUUUACGACUGCGGCUGCGCCAAGGACGAAGAAGUCGAAGACGAGAACGAUGGGCUCAUGAAUAGAAGCCAUGUUGACUCCAAAGAAAGUGAUGACAUUGCUACUAGUCAGCGCUUUGAGAUAUCCAAGGAACCAACUACGCGGGGUUGAAUUCUAUCGUAUAUCUGUCCAGCUUUUGGUCCCGAAAUUAUUCCGCAGACACUUUGUUGUAAAUGACUUCGAUAAUGCCUUGCCCACGCAGGUUCGUUGGGAGUAUAGUGA